AUGCAUCUUUCCUUCGCUUAUCUGGGCUUCGUGCUCACUGCCUCCGCUGCUGCCGGUUCGCAUCAUUUGGCGAGAACCGACACGAUUGCUCGGUUGAGCGUCCGCAGUGACGAAGAAACCGGCAAAAAGGCUGAUCUCCAAAUGAAGUGCAUCGGUGGCUGUGGUGGCCUUCCUGCACCUGGCCCCUCUGCAUGCUGGAAUGCCCCGGUCGUCUGCCCAGCCGGCCAAGGUCUCCCACCAAUGAACACGUUCUUUUCACAAGUUCAAAGCUACACUGUGAUUACCUCCAACACCGUCGGCAUCUGGAACGGUGGCUUGGAUCCCCAAACCAUCUUACUUCAGUUCCAAGUCAUGGUGACCAGUCUUUCAACCCUGUUCUACAGCUUACAAGGUGGAUGUUCCUUCCAAGGAAACCCUCAAGUGUUCAUCUCCACUUUUGCCCCGAUGAUCAUCCAAAUCCAAAGCAUGAUCACGAUCAUCAACACUCAAUGUGUUGGUAUUAUCGGCUCCUUCCAAUCCUCAUUUGCCGUUCUAACUGUUUUGAUGCAAUCGAUCAUCGGUGUCGCCAUCACCAUGCAUGUCAACAUUCAGCAAUUUUUCUCAGCCUGUAACUUCAACCCUCAGCUCUGGUCACCACUUGGCUUCCCGGUCGAUAACUGGAUGAACGGAAUUCCAGGUUCAUUCCCUGGAGGUCCAGGUGGAUUCGGUCCAGGUGGACUCCCCGGAGGUCCAGGUGGACUUCCUGGAGGCAUUCCUAACGGUGUAGGCCCACAAGUCUUCCCAGGAGGCGGCCCUAACGGAGGUGGUGGUGGUGGUGCCUUCGGCUUCUUCCAACCCCUCAGUCACCUCGGUCAAUUACUCCAACAACUCCUCAUUAUUCUCGAACCUAUCUUCCAAGGCCUCGAACGCCUCUUAGCAGGUGUUGGUCUCCUCCUCGGCCAUCUCGGUGACGCUUUGGGCGGUCUCCUUGGUGGUGCCGGUGGUGCCAGUCCCGUUGGUUUCAUUUAG